AUGGGGCAGGCCAACUCACAGAUGCUGGACAGCAUUGUCCAAGGGAGCAAUUUCGACCAUGAAGAAGUGGAAAGAUUAAAGAAGCGAUUCAUGAAACUCGACAAGGACAACUCCGGCACCAUCGAACGCGACGAAUUCCUCGCCCUCCCCCAAGUCUCCUCCAACCCCCUCGCAACGCGCAUGAUCGCCAUCUUCGACGAAGACGGCGGCGGCGACGUCGACUUCAAAGAGUUCGUCAACGGCCUCAGCGCCUUCUCCUCCAAGGGCAACAAGGAGGACAAGCUGCGCUUUGCGUUCAAGGUCUACGACAUCGACCGCGACGGGUACAUUAGCAACGGCGAGCUGUUCAUUGUGCUCAAGAUGAUGGUCGGGAGCAAUUUGAAGGAUCAGCAGUUGCAGCAGAUUGUGGAUAAGACGAUUAUGGAGGCGGAUUUGGACCACGAUGGCAAGAUUAGCUUUGAGGAGUUUACGAAGAUGGUGGAGAAUACGGAUGUGAGCAUGAGUAUGACGCUGGAUCAAUUCUGA